AUGGCACCAACCAAAGUACUCAUUACCGGCGUAACGGGUUACAUCGGUGGCUCAGUCCUCUCAUCCUUGCUAUCCUCCCCGAACAAAGCGACCAGAGACCUAGAAAUAUCCGUUCUCACACGCAACGACGACCGCGCGAAAUCGUUCGUGGAUGCCAGACUCAAAGUCUACACAAUCAAGGACCUCGAUGACGCUGCCGCUAUCAAAAUUGCAGCUUCGGAGAAUGACGUGGUCAUUCACACGGCAUCUGGAUACCAUACAGCAAGCGCAAAGGCAUUGAUUGAAGGGCUGGGAAUACGCCGAAAGCAGAAGCCGGAUGCAGAGCUUUAUUAUAUCCAUACAUCUGGCACCUCGGAUCUUGCUGAUCGUCCCAUUACCAAGACCUAUGCCGAAACUCGGACAUUCAGUGAUAAGGACUCGGAUAUUUACGAGUAUUUGAAGAAGAGGGAGAGUCUUGAGGCGUAUGCCCAGCGAACAACAGACCUUGUCGUUGUAGAAACGGGGAAGAAAGAGGGUGUGCCUACGACGAUUAUCAUGAGUCCCACUAUCUACGGGGUUGGAUCUGGGAAGUUCAAUCGUUUGACUAUACAAUAUCCACUGCAGAUGAAGGCGGCGGUUGCGGCAGGUCGACCGGAAUAUGUUGGUGACGGCGCCGGGGUUUGGGAUUAUGUGCAUAUACAAGAUCUCGUCCAGCUGUACGAACUUGUUCUACUGGACUGGGUCCAGGGGCGAAAAGCUGUCCCUACUGGUGAAAGAGGUAUCAUAUUCAGUGCUACCGGAUCAUUUACCUGGAAGGAAGUCGCAGAGGGUAUUGCCAAAGCAGGCGUUAAGCUUGGCCAGUUUGCGAACACAGAGACUAAAAGUAUUAGCCUUGAGGAAGCAGCCAAAAAUUGGGUUGGUGGUGACGAGCAACUGUGUGAAUUGGGGUUUGCGAGUAAUUCCAGAACGAGGGCAGAGGUUGGGAAGGAGAUAGGUUGGUUGCCAAAGAAGACACGGGCUGAUUGGGAGCAGUCGUUCUAUGAAGAGUUUGAGGAAAUUUUGAAAAAAGAUUAA